AUGAUGGAUGCCGGUGUCGAUCACAUCGACACCGAUGACGAUGAUGACUACGAUGCUGGUAUAUUCGGCAUUGACAAUGACUGUCACAGUAAGGACGAUGACGCCAUAACUGGUGAAGACAACGUCGUUUCAGCAGUGCACACGAAGCGCGCUGCUGUUAACAAUGAUGAAUCAGCAGAGCAAUUUUAG